UCUCAAAACUUGCAAUGUCGGAACCGGGUCAACUCAAGACGACGACCGCCUCAGGCGAGUCACUCGCUCUCGCCAUCACCGAGUCAGAUCGCGACGAUCAACGCUAUGAACAAGCCUGGCAACUGUCUCAUCUCCUUUUCUCCAUCGGCUGUCCUACACCUGUGACGGAUCUCGCUUCGCUGUGCACCCACUUCCAAGCUUCGCCGGAGCUCGUCAAAUUACUCUGUUCCAUCCCUAAUUCUCCGAUCUCGCUUGCCGGCAAUGGCUUCUACGUGACUCUCUCUUGCAGGUUUCUCUCGGCUUGUGCUGCGCAAGCGUGGAGUUUGCGGCUGUCGUCAUAUCCUAUAACCCCACAGAUCAGGAAUUUCCUCGAUUGGAAUCUCACGAUGCCAAAUUCAUAUGUUAUCGGUCGCUUGAGAGAAAUCGAUGAAGAAGAGGAGCUUCAACUCUCGCCAUUGCCAAAAAGAAUCCGAAGGGAUUCUGAAGAGGCGCAUAACCCCGUAAUGGCCAGCAACAGUAGAAUCAUUAAUGAACAAGCUGAUAAUUUGCUAACUGUGGUCAACGGGUCCAUGGUAGAGACCCUUGCGGCUCUUGAAUCCCGAGCAUUGAUGUUCAGAUGCAACCACGAGGUUCCUUUCCUUUUUCAUGAUGUAAAUUCUGCAAAAAAACUAGAGCAAUCUACCAAUGGCAAAGAAAUAGUGGUUCAAGAGCCUUGUGCGUGUCCUCAGACACGAAUUCUUGAUCAUGAUAUUCUUGACGCAAGUUCAGUGGAUGCAAGUCACAUGUAUUGCAUAGAGGAAACCAAGCAAAGCACUGCAGGUCCAGUAGAGGCCGCAGAUUUUAAACAAGUUGAAGUUGCAGAUGUUAGUCCACUCGAUAUUGAUGGUUGUAAUCAACUUGAAAUCGGGGAUUUUGGCUAUCCAUUUAAGGUGACGGUUGGGGAGAUUGCUGAAAAGCAGGGAAUUAUUGAGGGCGAUGAGGAGGAUAAGGACGAUAUGAAUCUGUGUUUGAAAGGCAAAACAGGAACUUACUUUCUUCCGUCUAAUGAGGUUGCUCCUUCUAUACCAUCAGAAAGUGUGUUAAGAUCUAUAAACAUGGCACCAGACAGUGAGGAUAAUGCCUCUUCGAAUCAUAACCCACCUAAGAAAGAAGAUCCUGAUGAAGUUGUCUUCUCUGCCCCUGCUGGUGAGCAGCCAUUGAAGCCUUCUACCACAAUCGGGAAUGAAACUAGGUCUUUGGAUCACAAAAUGCAGGAUCUUUGUAAACCCUUUGAAAACAAGAAAGCUGCCAGUGUUUCCCCUCGGAUGCAGCAGAAGAAAAGAAUCAAAGGGCCCCAGAAGCCAAAGCAGACCCAAAAUAGCAUUCGACUUAAAGAUAAGAAGGAUCAGUCAGAGCAAAACACAUUUCCAUAUUUUGAGUCUUACAUUAUUGAAGAGGAAGAAGGUUCAGGCGGUUAUGGAACUGUUUACAGGGCUAAGAAGAAAGGAGAGGGAACUAAGGUUGCCAUUAAAUGUCCCCAUGCAGAAGCUCAGAAGCAGUAUGUUAAUAACGAACGAAGGAUGCUGGAGCGCUUUGGCAGAGGAAAGAACUUUAUAAUAAAGUAUGAAGGCUGUCUCAAGAGUGGAGAUUCUGAUUGCUUUAUACUUGAACAUGUUGAACAUGACAGACCCGAGUUAUUGAAGAGAGAAAUAGACGUGUUCCUGCUACAGCGGUAUGGUUACUGCAUGUUCAGUGCACUGGCAAGUCUACAUAAGCAGGGCGUUGUUCAUAGGGAUGUCAAGCCGGGAAAUUUCCUUUUCUCUCGGAAGACGAACAAGGGCUAUCUCAUAGACUUUAAUCUUGCAAUGGAUUUGCACCAGAAAUACUUGAGAACUGAUAAAUCUAAAUCGGUCUCAAAUUUAAACUCUAAUCACGCUGCACCUCAAUACCCUGACUCUGAGCUUCCAACCACCAGCAAGAAGCAUCACACAUUGCUUAAAUCAAAGAACAACGCAAACUCUGUGACCAACAAAUCUCCCCAGACAACUUUAGCGCCCAAUAGCCUGAAGAAGGCUGUGGGAAAGAUUCGGGCUCAAAAUGACUUGAGUAGAUGGGACCGCUUCAACAGCCAAGGGGCUGAUGGUUCUGGUUUAACUUCGGUAAAAGAGGUGGCCGGCACGAGGAACAACCCUUCAGGUGACAAGAAGAGAGAGCCUUUACCGUGCCAUGGAAGGAAAGAGCUCAUACUCUUUCUGCAGGAAACAAUGUCUGGUUCGAACCAUGAAGUAUCCAGAACACCUGCAUCUAUGAAGAAGCGCAUUGCUGCAUUGCCCAGGGAAGCUCACAAGGAGCUUCUUUAUCUGACACCAAUGCCGUUGCUUUCUAAUAGCCUUCCUGUAGCCGGGGCGGGUUUAACCAGCAAAGGAGGUGUAAUCCAGAAGAAAGAUGGCCCCUGUGCUGGAACCAAAGGCUUCCGAGCUCCCGAGGUUUGCUUGAGAUCUUUGCACCAAGGCCCGAAGAUAGACGUGUGGUCAGCUGGAGUCACUCUGCUAUACCUAAUGAUCGGAAGAGCUCCCUUCACUGGUGACCCUGAACAGAACAUGAAAGAAAUUGCAAAGUUAAGAGGCAGUGAAGAACUAUGGGAAGUGGCCAAACUGCACAACCGUGAAUCUUCAUUUCCUCAGGAGCUGUACGAGUCACGGUACUUGCGGCGAGUGGACUUGAGGGAAUGGUGUAGACUGAACACCAAACGCAGCGAUUUCCUGAUCGCGAUUCCGCGAGCGCUGUUUGAUCUGGUGGACAAAUGUUUGACGGUUAACCCCAGUCAAAGGAUCAGCGCUGAGGACGCACUCCGACACGAUUUCUUCUCUCCCGUUCACAACAGCUUGAGAGAACGAAGGCUUGUCAUGCAGGAGAUCGCUAACGCAGCCGCAUCAAGAGGUCGCUAACGCAGUUUCUGCGUUUGCCAAACCGCAGACGGUCUCUUCAUUAACUGUUGAGAACUAAUACUAAAUCAACAAAAAUGGUUUAUGCGAUAAAAAAAAAAUGUAUUUUUCUGUGCAUCUACGUUUUUCUUUCCUGCAGAGAAAGGAAAACAUUCAUCGACUUUACCCAAAUGAUUACUGGCCUCAAUUGUGAUUUAAUUUCUUUCGGGGUUAAAUUAUGAGUUUUCAGAAGUAUGGGGGUCUUAUUAAAAAACGUUGCACAGGUGGCAGCGGUUUUCGAGGUAGUUCUCGGAUAUUCGAAGGCCAGACGCGAGAAAUUUCAUGAAGUCCAGCACACCGCCGACUGUUCGGUGACUAUAAAUACUCUCGGCCUGUCCGCGCCAACGCCCCGCAAGCGCAUUUUCUCUCGUUUUCUCGCGUUUCUUUCUCGCCAAACAAACAUGGAUGCGUUCUCUUCUUUCUUCUACACUCAGUCAAGCGAUUCCUGGACCUAUGAUUCUCUUAAGAGCCUCCAUCAGAUCUCUCCAGUCGUUCAGCAGCAUCUUAGACAGGUGUAUCUCACCUUGUGCUGCGCACUGGUCGCAGCGGCCAUCGGAGCUUACCUUCAUCUGCUAUGGAACGUCGGAGGCCUUCUGACGAUGUUCGGGUGCUUGGGAAGCAUGAUUUGGCUGCUUUCUACGCCUCCAUUCGAAGAG